AUGGGUUCCAAGACGCCCGAAGAUCAGAUUCCUGGGGGCGAUGGCGGGCCCACUUCGCCCGGCAUUUCCUCUGGCGGAGAGCCGCGAGGCGCGCAUCUGUCCCGCGAUGGGGACGGUAGCCUCGGCGACCAAGGCGGCGAUGAUGAAGACGACGAUGAAGGUGAAGAUGAAGCUGCCGCUGGCUCCGGACCGUUGAAAGCUGCAGCUGCAGAAGACGACGAGGGACCCAAAAAGAAGAAAAGAAAGCCCAGAAAGAAGAAGAAGACGAAGGCAACCGCCGCGGCCAAGACGCAAUCCUCGCCUCCGAGGGUGCCGCUGAGCGAUCUCUUCCCUUCCGGGUCGUAUCCGGCCGGUGAGGCACAGCCUUACACCAAAGACCGGGACGCGGACACCAAUUCGGGCACCAACACCGCCCGCACAACAGCAGCGGAGCUGCGCUACCAGAGCCGGCCCUACCUCGAGGACCCGACACUCCUGAACGACUACCGCAAGGCGGCCGAGGUGCACCGGCAGGUGCGGCAAUGGGUGCAGGAGACGGUGAGGCCGGGGCAGCAGACGUUACUCGAGAUCGCGACGGGGAUCGAGGACGGCGUGAGAAGUCUGCUGGGCAACCAGGGGAUCGAGGCGGGUGAUGCGCUGAGGGCUGGGAUGGGGUUCCCUACGGGGCUUUGUCUCAACCACGAGGUGGCGCAUUAUACGCCGAACCCGGGGCAGAGGGACGUCGUGCUAAAGUAUGAGGACGUGAUGAAGGUUGACUUUGGGGUGCAUGUCAAUGGGUGGAUUGUGGAUAGUGCGUUUACGAUGAGUUUUGAUCCGGCGUAUGAUGAUUUGCUGGAUGCGGUGAGAGAUGCAACGAAUACUGGUAUCGAGGCUGCCGGGAUCGAUGUCCGCAUCUGCGACGUCAGCGCCGCGAUCCAUGAGACGAUGGAGAGCUAUGAAGUCGAGAUUGGCGGCAAGACGUACCCCGUGAAGCCGGUACGCAACAUCUGCGCGCAUGAUAUCGCGCGGUACCAGAUCCAUGCGGGACGGUCGAUUCCGUUUAUCAAGAACAAUGAUCAGACAAAGAUGGAGGAGGGCGAGAUCUUUGCUAUUGAGACCUUCGGGACCACGGGGCGUGGGAAGCUGUAUGAUGACGUCGGUAUCUACGGAUAUAAAUUGGGUUACAAUGCCCCAGCUCAGAUCAAGCUGCCAUUCGCCUCUGCGAAUCGUCUUUAUAAGACGAUCAGGGAACAAUUUGGGAGCAUCGUCUUUUGCCGUCGUUAUCUUGACCGUCUAGGUUUGGAUCGGUACUUGGCUGGUCUCAAAUCCCUGGAAUCUCACGGCAUCCUAGAGACAUACGCACCGCUUGCGGAUGUCAAGGGAUCUCAGUCCGCGCAGUUUGAGCAUACGAUCUUGCUGCGCGAAAAUAACAAGGAGAUUAUCAGCCGAGGAAGUGACUAUUGA